AUGGUUCAGUUAACAUUAGCUUCAAUUUCUAAGCAUCUAACACAAGAUGUCGUAGAUAAAGCAUUUAAAUUGCGAACGAAUAGUGAGGACAAUGUCCAAAGUGUGGAAAUAACGAGAGCUGCCCCCGCAGGAGAAGGCUUGAUCAGUGCUGUGUACAGAAUCAAAGUGACUGGCAAGAACCAUGAAGCCAAGUUUGUAGUAAAAGGCCUAAUAAGUGAUGCAACGUUGAGAAAAUCGCUCAAUUGUCAAGCACUUUUCGAAAGAGAAGCUUUAUUUUUCACAACUCUUUUACCCAUCUUGUGUGAGACCCAAAUCGCCGCGGGGGCAAAAGAGAGGAUUCAGAAUUAUCUACCAAAGUGCUUCGACUGUCACCUUGAUGGUAAUGAUGAUUAUAUUUUGAUGGAAGACAUGUCUGAGAGCCAAUGUUCAGCUAUAUCUGUAUUUCCAACUGUAUACGAAAGAAACUUGACUCUCAAAUCGCUGGCGCACUUCCACGCUGUGUCUAUGGCCUUAAGGGUUAAAAAACCUGAUACUUUUGCAAAAUUCGCAAAUGGAUUAAAUGAAGUUUAUUACAAUGAGAAGAAUAGAGACUGGUAUGCUAGCUAUCUACAGGAAAGUAUAAAUAUAGAUAAAAAAGUUAUCGCAGAGUUUGAAGAUCCGGAAAGAAUUUACUAUAAGAAAUUUAACGCAGUCGUUAAUGAUGAUCUUUAUGGGCAAUUGAUUCGUAUCGUAAAUAGUCGAGGCGAUCACCCUGUAUUUAAUCAUGGAGAUGCUUGGUGUUCCAACUUCCUCUGCUGCAAAGAUAAAGCUGUAGCUAUUGACUUUCAAAUAUUAAGAUGUGCCUCUCCUGCUACAGAUUUGUCGUACUUCAUAAUGAUGUGCAGCAGCCUGUGUCAAAGCAAGGAAGAAUUUUGGGAGGCAGUUGAAGUUUACUAUCUUUCUUUAGAGUAUUAUCUGGCUGACAUGGGGGUGGAUGCGAGCAAAGUAUUUUCAUUUCACAUGUUAAAAGAGGAAUUGAAGAAGUACGGUUCAUACGGUUUGCUAGCUUCCGUAACAUCGUUUCCCUUGUUGGCGAACGAACGUUGGGACACUCUACAAUCCUUUGAAAAGAAGUACCCCGAGUGUGAGCGCAUACCACUAGAGGAGCUAUGGCCGUUGACUCCAAUUAAACACGAGGAACACAAGAUGCGGCUAGUGAAUGCCGUCCGCGUGGCUGUAGACGUUGGCUUAAUCUAA